AUGUCUGCAAAAACAAAGGGAAAUGAGGCUAAAGUGUCUGUGUUGAAGGGCCAGGAAGCGGAGGAUAAGAUCCUUGAAUACAUAAAGCGGGCAAGUUUUUCAUGGAUCAUGAAUCGCCCGUUUGGUGCCGUCGAUGUCGCGGCAAAUCUCAAGGGCGCCGUACCAAAGACCGCGACGCAGAAAAUCCUAGUAGCACUUGCUGAAAAGGGCGAACUCGUGCAGAAGGCCUAUGGCAAGACCACCUUCUUCGUAGCGAACCAGGCCAAUCUGGAGGACAUGCCUGCGGAAAAGCUGGCAGCACUGGAAAGUGAGUACAAGGCCGUCGAAGAAGAGAACAAAAGUCUCGCAGCUGAAGUCAGAACGGUGGCAUCGGAGUUGGCCAAGAUUAAGGGUACACCCACGGAUGCGGAGCUCGCAGUAUCAGUGGAUGAAGCUGAGGUUGCGACUAAAAAAGCUCGAGAGCGACUACAGCCCCUCCGAUCUGGGACAACGCUCGUGUCUGCCAGCGAGCUUGCUCAAUUGGAUGCGGAUUGGGCAAAAUGGCGAGCAGAAUGGGUUCGCAGGAGGAAGAUUUUUACGACUUUCUGGCAGCUCGCUACAGACGCACUUCCGCCACAGGAAGCCGAAGAUCUUGGAGAAGACCUCGGGAUAGAGGCGGACACGCCAGAACAUGCAGGAGUCGAGCGGGGGCCGUUUUGUUCUGCCGCAAGUGGGCAGGGAGGACGGAGAAGAUAG